AUGCGGAACUUCAUCUUUGAGACCUGCGCCGCACAGGUGGCGUGCCUGUACCUGCUGUUCAUCUUCCUUGGGCGCGUAGAGGCCGAUCGGACAACCACGACUACAAUAACAUCUACCACGACUGUUCUCACGGUGACAAGCACAAUCACACCCAACGGAUCAUCCAUACCCUUUACGACUACACAGACAGAGACUCUCGCGGGCGAGACAAUGGUCUCUUCUUCCUCCGCCACGGCUACUCACUCUACGGUAGGACCUGCAGCCACUGGCGCAAUGUCUUAUACUGGGGAUGCCUUCCAAGCUGCAGUACUGAACAGCACGAACUAUUACCGAGCUCAACAUCAAGCAGGCGGAUUGAGCUGGAACGAUACCCUGGCUAAAUUUGCGCAAGACACUGCCUCGAAAUGUGUCUGGCAGCAUUCGGGCGGUCCGUACGGCGAGAAUCUGGCCGAAGGCUACGACAGCCCAGUCCCUGCUAUAGACGCAUGGGCUGGUGAAGAAAGUAAAUACAACUAUGCCAAACCAAAGUUCCACGAGUCAACAGGACACUACACACAGCUGGUGUGGCAGAAUACUACUUCCGUAGGCUGCGGCGCUGUACAAUGCAAGUCUGACAGCAGUGUUGGAGUCAAGGGCUGGAUGAUGGUCUGCGAGUACUUCCCACCGGGAAAUGUCGGAGGUCGAUAUCGACAACAAGUCUUGAAGCCCGGCGAGAAUGCGAAAGACCAGCUGGGUUUCGGUGCAGCGCCCAAAAUUGGUGCUGGGAGACGGUUGAUGGGCGCGCUGGUCGUGUCGUAUGUACUUAUGGCUCUGUUAUCCUAG